CCAAUGUGGCUUCAUUGCUUGCAAACCAAGGUGGGGUUGGUACACGCUGUGGAAUAUCCUGUCCCCAGUGGAUGGUUGCAGAGUCGUUGAGUCUCCAGAGACAACUCCAGACUAAGGUUGCCACCUUUCCUGGGAAAAAUAUAUUUUUAUGUUAAUUCCCUAUUAAUAACAUUUUCAUCAAGCAUCAUCCAGGUGAAAAUCCUACUCCAGAUUGAGGAUCCCUACCCUGAUGCAUAGACCUCUGAGGGUUUUUUUUUCUCACUGUCUUUGUAUAAAACCUCUGAUUUAGACCAAAAAAAUGUAGGGAAGUUCUAUAUCUGCUUCAUUUCCCUUUCCAGCAAAAUAGAAGCACAGUCAGCUCAGUUUGUGCAAACACUUUGUAUCCUGCCAUGGACUCUGAUAGCAUCAGCUUGGAGAUCAAUAUGGAGAGAACCCACAGUAACAUGAUGUGCUCAGAGGAAGGACAGUCACAUACAAAACGAAGGUUCAUGUUGAUGACCAAUUGUUUACUUGGCUUUUCUUACGUACUCAUCCUGGCCCUUUUUGUGAUCAUCUUAUCCAAAUCAAUACCUGGAUCUUCCAAGUCAGUGAACACAACUGAACUUACUUAUUCCUGGAACAGCGCUUCAGUUUGGGCUAUUGGCAGCAAAAAUGGAUCACAGAGUGCAGAACUCACCCUGGAAAUUGAAAAGUUGAAAAGAGAAGUUCACGACAUCAGUACAAGGACAGAAACUGAAUGGGCCAACAUCACCUUAAAUAUGGAGAAACUACAAGAUGAAGUUGCUGAACUUACCAAGAAGAUGAGAGAGCAGAAAACACUUCCAACAUCAGCAUCCUGUGACAAUGACUGGCACUUACUUGGCGAGAGUUGCUAUUACUUCUCAGUCACCAGUUCUGAUUGGUUUAAAGCUCGGGCUUUUUGUAAAACAAAAGAAAGUGACUUGGUUGUAAUUUCUACUGCCUUUGAGCAGACUGCCAUCAAUAAUAUUAUAAAAGCAAAGGGACUGGAACUUACACGUUUUUGGAUUGGCCUGACUGACAUGAACAGUGAAGGCACGUGGGAAUGGUUGGAUGGAACCAACUAUAAUACAGCAUUCAAGUUCUGGAGAGCCGGGGAGCCCAAUGAUGCAGGCGGUAAUGAAGACUGUGCUCACAUUCGGACAAAUGGGGAAUGGAAUGACGUGCACUGUACCUAUGCUGAGUGCAAUGCCAUUUGUGAGAAGAAACUCUGAGCUGAAACCUAUACAGGUCAAUAAUGCUUAGUAAUAUUCUGCCAUUACACAUGUGUAGCAAAGGCCUAACCUGGGCGUAACGGAUAAAUGGUAUUUUAAAGGGACGCAUUGUGUUAAAAACAAUAUUGUGCCGAUUGAUUACUGUAUACGCAUCUAAAUAUAGAAGGAAUGUGCUUU